GGUUGCAAACUUUGGCACGAUUUCUUUCUUCAUUUUCCACUACUUGUCUACUGCAUUUACUCUCUACACUAUUUCUUUAGUUAGUAGCGCAGUCAAAUACAGGUACCACUAACAAUGUCCGACCAAGUUCUACCAGACAUUCUCGCCAAAAUCCUCAGCAGAUGCGAAGUUGAAACUCUAGCCAGCUGCAGGUGCGUCUCCAAACAAUGGCUUGCUAUUAUAGACAGUCCCCAUUUCACCAAACUGCACAUACACCGCGCCAUGGAGACCCAUUCCUCCAACUUAUUCGAGCACAAACUAAACCGCAGUCUUUACUAUGGACCCCUGGAUUCUUUUUGCCACCGUCACAUGCCUCUUAUUUCUCAGGUUUACCCAUUUGCAUCCAUUGGUUCUUGCAACGGUUUGCUUUGCGUAUACAAUUUAAAGACUGAAGCUUUUUGCAUCUUUAAUCCAACUACUAUGAAAUAUUUAUGUCUUCCGGGUUUCUUGCCUCCUUUUGACACCAAUAUUCUGGCUUAUGGCUUUGGGUAUGAUUCUCUUUCUGAUGACUAUAAAAUUGUUAGGAUUGCUCAGAAAUUUGAUGUCAAUGCUAUGGACAAUAAUAAUAUUGGAUUUUUAGAAACUGAGAUGGUGGUUGGUUGUGUGAGAUCAAAAGCUUUAAAAGUUGUGAAAAUGCCUUACUUUAUUACUGAUAAUCUGAUGGGUGUGCUUGCUGCUGGAACUUUGCAUUGGAUAAUGUGUGAAUAUUCAUGCAAUAUGUAUAAGACGAAGUUGCUUGUAGGGUAUGAUCUUGGAAUCGAUGAAUUUCGUGAGUUGCCGCUGCCUGAGUUUGAGGGUCAAGCUACAUGUACGUUCUGUAUUGGUUUAAUUGGGGAAUGGCUAUGCGUUUCAUUUAAAAUGUAUGAAGAUGAUAAGGAUGUUGGUUUUUGGGCAAUGAAAGAAUAUGGGGUUAAGGAAUCAUGGACUAAGCUCUUCUCUUUUCGGCUUGAUGUUCCGAAUGUUAGUUACUAUAGACUUUUGGGAUUAUCAGAGAGCGGUAAUUUAGUUACAAUGGAACUGGAUAGGAAUAGACUUGUUUGCUAUGACAGAGAGAGGAAAAGUUUUAGAAGAUUUGGUUGGAAGACAAAAGAUGAAUGCAUGGUUUGUUUGAGAACCAUGGCUCCCCUGCCAAUUGAUGAAAAUGGAACAAGUAUUAUUAUUCAACUUUUACUCUCGGAUGAAAAGAAUCAGUCUUCUGAUGAUCAGAAGAAGCCAAGUAGGAAAAAGAAGGAUAAGAAGGGGUUUUUGCUGUCAAAAGGUUUCAAGCUAAAACUGUAGGUGAAAGGAAGCAAAAUCCAGGGUUCGGAUUGGGGAAUGCUAGAAACUGCUUUGAAGGUACAUGAAAGAGAUUAGGGCAGCUUUUUAUGUAGUAACUUCCAUCUUAGAGUAGAAUAUCACUAUACAUUAGUAGGUUGAAAUAUCUAAUUAUCUAUUCUAUCAAUAUUGUUAGAAGGCUGUAAUUAUGAAAUAUUGUGGAUCUGAUGCUUUCCUUGGGUCCAGAUAUGGUUUCACCCCGCA